UGUUCCUUGCUACUCUCUGGAGUCUGAGACCCACUUUGGCCAACAUGAAGAGUGAUGUUUCUCAAUCCAAAGACACCAGGUUGAUUGUUUUCAAAAUCGUGGCACAGUUUGUCAUACUGGGCUGUACAUGGAUUCUGGGCCUGUACCAGACAAACCUUUUCUUCCAGGUCCUCUUCAUCAUUCUCAACUCCCAGCAGGGGACUUUCCUGUACAUCGUACACUGUCUGCUAAACAAGGAGGUGCGAGAGGAAUACAUUAAAUGGUUGACAUGCUCUAUUGGAAAAGAGGCGGCUGAGGAAAAAGAUGUGGGUUCGGUCACCGAAGAUUUCGACAAGCCUGAGAACCAAAACAAUGAAGGGAAGAAGGACCACUAAUCCUAAUGAAGUGAGCAACGCUAAAACAGACAACGCUAUCUGUAUCGAGUUAUUAUCUGUGCUUUUUCUAAAUUCCAUUUUAUUGUGUCUAGAAAGUUAACUGUACUUUAUCCCGUAUAGCUGCAUAUUGAUCUAUAUCAUUGUCUUUUA